AUGUCCAGAAGGGAUCUAUUUGAGUCUGAAGCCCGGAGCUUCAACGCAGUGGUCUGGCGUACUCUUCGUUCGCAAAGGUACAAGGCAUAUCAGAUCCAGUGCCCUUAUGCGCCAGCAAUCCUACGCUUCCUGGUCUCCUUCCCCCCCGACUAUCCUACCCUACCCCCCGUGAUCACCUUCAUUAGCGACAUCUUCCAUCCUCUGGUCGCGCCAUUGACUACCCACACAUACACGACUGGAUCUUCGAGCUCAGAGACUGUCAGCGCCACUGACGAAGAGCGACUUCCCCCGGGCGGCUUUAGCCUGCGGCAUGGAUUUCCACAUUGGUUUGGGAGGUCGCAGAAGAGCGCUAAGUUUUCAGCAACGAGUUCGAAAAACGUGAGCGAUGCGCACCCAGGCGCUGCAAACCAGCGUGAAGACGUGUAUAAGCCACCUCCGCCGGAAGACUUGAGUUCUAGAGAGUCCUCUCCAAGAUCUGCAACAUUUCGCAUGAGCCAUGUUCGAACACGACCAAGACGUUCAAUCCAGCCUAGCCAGCAGACAAAGAUCACCGAGGUUUUGGAGUACAUGAAAAGCGCUUUUGACGAUGAGAUCGCGUUGGACACACUGCCAUUGGAGGCUGCCGGAAACUCGGGUGCUUGGAAAGCAUGGCGGGCGUACCGUAGGAGCAAUGAGGCAGACAGCAAACUUGUCGACUCGGCGCCGAGCUUGCACGAGCAAGAUGAAUGGAGCUGGGAUGGGGUCUGGGAAGAAAGAGUUCGAAAGGGCGUAGACGCAAGCAUUGCAGAGUCUACACUCUACGGGGGUACUAGCGGAGGAGAUGAUCUGAUCCGAUUCGUCGAUGUAGGCAAUGAUUUGACUGAAGCAGUCAGAGCAGGAGUGCUAUUGUCUACGAAUUCUAUGAAGGGUGUCAACAAAAGCUCUUGGGCUCCGGCUCCUAUUGUUGCGCUGACUAUUGUCCCAAUCUUGAUACUCGCCUUGGUGACAUACACCGCAAUUAAGUGUAACACCUGGGCCCCAGCACUGCGGUUGAGAUUUCGGACCUGGCCAUUUCCUUGGGCAAAGCCCAGCUUCAUCUUAGGGCACAAGAGGAGCACAUCCGAUUCUACCGGAGAAGGUACUGGGAGUUGA